AUGACUUCGACCUCUACAUUGAAGCUUCAGGCUAUCCCUAUUGACAAAGAGAUCGAGAAUAUUAUUCGGUCCUCAAAGGAUAUUGCUGUCGGUGUUGGUGCCAAUGACAAAAUUCAAUUCGGUCCUGACCCAGAAGGACUAAAGAUUCUCCCAGAAUCCAGCAAGAAAAGACUUCUUGAUGCUGGAGUUGAUAUUUCCGAAGGCUAUCCUUGGAGACCGAACAAGUCUGAUGUCCCUGUUUUUGUUGACGAAGCCGCUGCAAUCAGAGAUGACGACUAUGAAUAUAUUGAGCGGGCUAAAAACGCAGAUCCAGAAAAAAAGGCUCUUUUGGGAGCCGCUAAAGAAGUGAUUCAUUUAACCAAGCACAUUGGAACCGAGUUGGUUGGAUUGCAGCUGAGUGACUUGAGUGAUAAGCAGAAAGAUGAGCUUGCUUUGUUGGUGGCCGAAAGAGUUGUUGUUUUUUUCAGAGACCAGAAGCUUUCUCCCGUCAAACAAUUGGAGCUCGGUGGUUAUUGGGGCCGUGUUGAGCAGCAUCCUCAAACCACACAAGUGAAUGGGCUCCCUGGUGUGACUGUGAUUUGGCAAGAUUACCGGCAACGAAACUUGAGUGUUGGAAUGACAUUCAAAAAUCACAAUUUGGGUAAUUGGGAUGCUGUCAAGAAUGUGAGUAGAGGUAACCAGGUUUGGCAUACCGACCUUGUUCACGAAAAGAGACCAGCUGGGCUGACUCAUUUACACCUUGAUGCAAUUCCAGAAUCUGGAGGAGAUACUUUGUGGUCGUCUGGCUAUGCGGCUUACGAUAAGCUAUCUGAAGAAUUUAAACGAUUCCUCGAUGGAAAACAAGCUGUCUUUAUAUCCGCAAACGGAUACCUCGACAGAAAAAACCCAUUUGGUGGUCCUAGGAAGAUUGAGAGAAUCCAUCCAUUGGUGAGAACCCAUCCCGCUACUGGCUGGAAAUCCCUUUUUGUCAACAGAACAAUGACAACUCGUAUUUUAGGAUUGUCCUCGGUUGAGUCCGAUUUGAUCUUGAACUACCUUUUCGAUGUCUAUGAAAAAAAUGCGGAUAUCCAAGUCCGGUUUAAAUGGACUCCCUCUCAACCGGGUUUGGGUACGUCUGCUAUUUGGGAUAACAGAAUUUCUCAGCACAGAUCCACCUGGGAUCACGAGGGUAAAGACGCGCGUCACGGCACAAGAGUCACCUCGCUUGCUGAACUCCCGGAGUUUGAUCCAAACUCCAAGUCUCAGCGUGAAGCUCUCGGUUUAUCACUGGAUGAAAAGGACUUCUUUUGA